AUGUCAGAUACUAAAAAGGAAGCUGAGAACAAAGUCACUGAGCUAGUUAGCCCUGCAGAAAUUGGGGAAGAGGAGUUGACCUUAGAUCAACCUCGGCCUCGCCGAAACCCUAAGCCAUCUAAAAAGAAGCUUGCAGCAUUGAGGGAUGCUGAUGAUGACAUUACCGAUGAAAUGCAAAAGUCAGUGGUAUCUUGGAGACAGAAAAAUGUGAAGAGAAAAGCAGAUGUAGAAAAUGAGGAUGAGACGAAUGCUUCGGGAACAGAGGAAAUGAGGUCUCAAAAACAGAAACGUAAAAAGGCAAAUAAAACAGAGCAUUUUGCUGCAAGUGACAAGAAUACUUCCGAGAGAACUGAAAUAAUCGAAGUUGAAGAAGGAGAAGUAAGUGGAUCAGAGGACACAUCAGAUUUUGCACCUCAAAACCAGCAGUCUUUGAGUGUGACAAACAGCUCACCUCCUCUCCACCAGUCUUCAGGUGACGACUUCAACUCACUCCAGCAACAACAGUCUCUUCAGUCUUCUGGUGGAAACUUCAACUCACCACAGCACCAACAGCCUCUUCACUCUUCUGGUGGUAACUUCAACUCACUGAAGCACCAACAGCCUCUUCAGUCUUCAGGUCAUAACCUGAACUCACCUGAGCACCAACAGCCUCUUGAACAGUCUUCUUGUGGUAACUUCAACUCACCCCAGCACCAACAGCCUCUUCAGUCUUCUGGUGGUAACUUCAACUCACCGCAGCACCAACAGCCUCUUCAGUCGUCAGGUCGUAACCUCAACUCACCUGAGCAUCAACAGCCUCUUCAGUCUUCUCGUGGUAACUUCAACUCACCCCAGCAUCAACAGCCUCAUCAGUCUUCAGGUGACGACUUCAACUCAAUCCAGCACCAACAGCCUCUUCAGUCUUCAGGUCGUAACUUCAACUCAUCCCAGCACCAACAGUCUCCCACCUUGGCCAACAAGUCACCCCCUUGCCAUUGUGGGAAUGUUGACUCCCCCCAGCAGUCUCACAAUUAUCAGUGUUCAGAUAAAAGAUACAGUGCACCACUCCAGACCUCAGAUGGUAAAUACAUGUAUAGCUUACCUCACCAUCCACAGCAUACAACAUUAAGAGCAUCUGCAUCACCACAUUAUGAUCAAGCCACAUCACAGAAAGGAUUCUCAUUCUUUCAGAGCUUACAGCACUGCUCUGACUUUGACGUGUCAGAUUUAGAUCUGCCAAUGAAUCCCGCUCCUCACCUGGAAGCAGGAAGCCACACAAUAAGAGAUGAUAUCCAACAGAGGGAACCCUCAUUCAGCAACCUGCAAACAGCAUGCUCAAGUUGUCAGCCUCUGCUGAUGUCACCUAACAAGAGACUUGGUAGCCUAGAAGCUGAAUUUGAAAAACUAAAGAGAAAACAAAGAAAGGGAAAAGCAGUAUUGGAUGAAAAUGCAGAGAAAGAAAAUCCAAAUGAGGAGAGAUUCAAUGGUAUUACAAAGGUAUUACACUGAAGUAAUCAUCACUCUCUGUACAAAUAAAUGGACACUUUACGAGAUAAACUAAAUUUUCAGGUAGUUAAGAGAUUGAUUCCACCUGUUCACUUUAAAAUGAGUUUUCAGGUCAAACUGAUUUCAGACUAGUUUCAAUAUUGUUUUUCAUUUUUUAUGGAUUAUGGUACAGCAGGUAAUAAUAUGGUCCAAAAGAAAAUGUAAAUCAAACUAGCUCAAAAUCACUUGACAUGGAGUUCAUAAUUCUUUUAACUACAGCACACGGUGACACCCAUGCAUGUGCAGUGUACACACCUGAAAUACAGUAUAUUUAAUAUUACAAUCUAACAAAUUGUGGCUGGGUAUUGAACAAGUAUAUUUAGACAUCAAUUUGUACCCACUGAGUUCUAUGAAGUAAACCAUAGUCUAUAUAGUAAAUGACCUAUAGACUCCUUUCAGUUAAUUCCUAAUCUGGAGGAGCAUUUGAAAGGUUUGUUUCUCUCAGCGGAAAGAACAACCAUUGUUUUUCCUCCAGAUUGGGAUUUAAAUGGGUCUACAUGCAUCUUGUCAUGAGACUAUUAUACUAUUAACAUUAUUAUAUGACUUGCGGUUGUAGCCAAUAUAACCCCCAUUCUGAUUGGCUAAUACUAGGGCAUUGUUCUCCCGUAAUGCCCACCAGCCGAUUAUGGUCGUGCAAAGCCCAGCAAAAAGCCACAUAAUAAACAAGUUACUAACCUUAAACAUUUCACCUUUAUGGGAAAAUCUCAAACCUCAGCCUUACCGUAUUAACCUCACUAUUGCUCGGUCAAUACAGCAAGGUCUUGGUCUGAUAUUUUCUCAUUAAGACCUCACUCUUGGUUAACAAGUAGUUAAUAUCAACUUUCCUUCUCUGUAUUAGGAGGCCUUAGUCAGGUCAAUUGAGGAUUCCUCAGACACAAAAUCAGCAGUGGAGGUCCUAGCAAAGCAACUCUUUACAAAUU